AUGAUUCGCCAUCCCUCGAGUGUGAUUAUUGCUGGACAGUCUGGCAGUGGAAAAAGUCAAUUGACAGAAAAUUUAUUGCGGGAAAAGACCCUCUUUCAGGUUCCUCCUAAAAAGAUUGUGUAUUGCUAUGAUCGAUGGCAACCGAGGUUCGAUCGCAUGAAGACCAAAGACAAGAUUCAGUUUUAUGAAGGCAUACCCGAUCCAACCCACCUCGACAAAUGGUUCAAACCCACCAAAGGGGGUUUGUUGGGGCUAGACGAUCUCAUGGCUGAGGGCAGUGACGAUAAACGCGUGUUGGAUUUGUUUACCAAAGACUCUCAUCAUCGCAACAUUACCGUGUUGUACCUCACACAGGAUUUAUUUCCCCCUGGCAAAUUUUCCAAGACCAUCAGUCGCAACGCUCAUUAUAUCGUUGCUUUCAAAAGUCCACGCGAUCAGACGGGCAUUCGCAAUUUACUGUUGCAAGCCUACCCUCAACGUUGGAGACACGUGUUGGAUCUAUUUAACAAAGUGACCUCUAGACCCUAUGGUUAUUUGUUCAUCGAUGUUCACCCGGCCUCGGACGAUCGAUACAGAUUGUGGAGUCAUCUC